AUGUCAGUCUUCAACACAUCUGAAGAGGAAAUCUCUACUUUCUUCCUCACUGGGAUCCCAGGGACGGAACACGCUCACAUGUGGGUCUCCAUCCCAAUUUGCCUCAUGUACCUCAUUGCCAUGCUGGGGAACUGCAUCAUCAUCUUUCUUAUAAAAACAGAGACCACUCUGCAUGAGCCUAUGUAUUAUUUUCUCCUCAUGCUGGCCUUUUCUGACCUGGGGCUGUCCAUCUCCUCCCUUCCAACUAUGUUGAGAAUCUUCUUGUUCAAUGCCACUGGAAUUUCCCCAGAUGCCUGCUUUGCCCAAGAGUUUUUCAUUCAUGGAUUCUCAGCUAUGGAGUCAUCAGUUCUUCUUAUCAUGUCCAUGGAUCGCUUUAUAGCCAUCUGCAACCCUCUGAGAUACACAUCCAUCCUCACCAGUGACAGGGUAGUUAAAAUUUGCCUUGCAUUGGCAAUCAGAAGUAUCUUAUAUGUUUUCCCUUUUCCUUUUAUCUUAAAGAGGCUGAAAUUUUGUAAGAAAAGCCUUCUAUCCCACUCCUACUGCCUCCACCAGGAUGUCAUGAAGCUGGCCUGUUCUGACAACAGCGUCAAUAUCAUCUAUGGAAUGUUUGUGGCUCUAACAGCUAUGUUAGAUUUGUUGUGCAUUUCUGUGUCUUACAUGCUGAUCCUGAGAACUGUCCUGGGCAUUGCCUCACACAAGGGUCGCUUCAAGGUCCUCAACACUUGCAUCUCCCAUCUCUGUGCUGUGCUCAUCUUCUAUGUGCCUAUUGUCACCUUGGCUAUCAUUCACCGCUUUGCCAAAAAUGCUUCUCCAGUUAUUAAGGUCUUAAUAGCUGACAUCUUCCUUCUUAUCCCCCCUCUGAUGAAUCCCAUUGUGUACUGUGUGAAGAGUCAGCAGAUUCGAAAUCUAAUCUUGGCAAAAUUAUGUGAAAAACAGGAUUGA